AUGUCGGGCUGGAGUUGGUCGCCCAAGCAGGUAAUGCUACAAAUGAAUCAAUCCAAUUGGAACUAUCAACCGCAGCCUGGUAUUCCGCCUCAGGGCCUUUCCAGCAUGUCUGCUCCCAAUCUAUCCCAUCCUCCUCUCCCCUUUUCGGCUCCAACUCCAGCUACUCCUAGCUAUGCAACUGGUCAUGGGAACUUUGCUCAACCGCCACCCGUGUAUAAUAACCCGGCACCUCCUCCUGUUCCUGGCAGCGGCCUACCUCCUGCUUCAGCUUCACCACCCGUCUAUUAUAACCCAGCACCACCCUUUGUACCACAUUCACCCGGAUACCAAACAUCAGGCGGGCCUCCUCCUCCUCUAACAACCUCCGCUGCUAUGUCGUCCCCUGCGCAUGCUCCCGUUCAGGCUCCUGCGCCACCUGCACCAGCUACCAAGUCCAGAAAGCGCAAGUCUGAUGUUUCCCCUGACAAUACCAAAGAGGACCUCUUCCCAUCCGAUGUGCCGGAAAUUGACAGUGAAGAUGAGCGUCUCGAAAGUCUAGGCUCGGACACUUGCAACACCAUUCGCCGCAAAAUUCGUACCUGGAUUGAAUCAGGUGCCCAGAAAGUCGGCGAGUUCCAGAAGACCAUUGGUGUCAGCAGCAGGUCUUACAACAGCUUCAUGAACCGAACUGGUACCUGGGAUGGUGAACAGACUGACACAUUUGUCAAAGCUCAUCACUUCUUCAAGAGACGUGAGCUUCAAGGACUGCCCCUCAAGGCGAACAAACCCAAGAAGCCGAAAACGGCUGCUGCUUCAAAGGUCAUCGACAAACUUCUUGAUGUGAGCAGUGUUGAUCCCCUUCCAGGCGAGGCCCAGGGUACAGUUGCCGUUUACGAUACUUGCAACGAGAUUCGUAAGAAGAUCCGCGCUCUUCUAGCCAAAGAGGGUAUGACGCAAGCGGCUUUCAUCCGAGCCCUUAACAAGAACCUCCCGGAGGAUGGACAGAAAGUGUCCCCGGCCAACCUGCGAUACUUUAUGGGCUGCAAAGAUGUUCGCGGUGGUAAUACCAACAUCGCAUUCUACGCGGCCUACAUCUUCUUCGAAAAAAGGCGCAUUCAGGAUGAAAAACCGAAGUCAAAGUUCCGUGAAGAGAUGGAGAAGGCUUGGGGGCCCAAGGGCUUCGAUAUCGAGCAUGGAGGCAACCAGCAGUACACCUGUUAUGCUAGUGAGAGACCAGUGAUAGAUAAGUAUGGCAAAAUCGAUUUUGUUGACGCGCGAGCGUUCAGAUAA